CGCUACAAUAACAACAAAAAAUUAAGCAUUAUGGAAAACUAAAAUUGACUAAGCCCAAAAAACAAACAAAGGCGCGCAAUUUUAGCCACAAAACGCAAAUUGAGGCCAACAGAGCAGCAACAACAACAACGAACAACAAAAGUUAAACAAAAUGGAAAUGCAACUACAACUACAACAAUUGCUGCUGAGCAGCUGCAUCUUGCUGACUGUUUGGGCGGCACAGACCUCAGCGCUGGCCAAUUGCCCGCCCGGCUGUCAGUGUGACGACAACACGUUGGUGGUGCAAUGCGGCGAGGGGCAGCUGGACGUGCUGCCCAUAGCACUAAAUCCAUCCAUACAGCGUUUGGUGAUCAAGAGCAACAAAAUCAAGACCAUCGACUCGUCCAUACAGUUCUAUGCGGAGCUAACUUUUCUGGAUUUGUCGCAGAAUCAUUUGAUGACCAUACCGCAGCGCACGUUUGCCUAUCAGAAGAAACUGCAGGAGGUGCAUCUGAAUCACAACAAGAUUGGCGCGAUAAGCAACAAAACGUUCAUGGGUCUGAGUGCGGUAACGGUGCUGAAUCUGCGUGGCAAUCUGAUCUCGGAGCUGCAUCAGGGCACGUUCUCGCCGCUGCUUAAAAUUGAGGAGCUAAAUCUGGGCGAGAAUCGCAUAGGCUAUUUGGACCCGAAAGCAUUCGAUGGUUUGAAGCAGCUGCGCAUUUUGUAUUUGGAUGACAAUGCGCUGACCACGGUGCCGGAUGCGGUUAUAUUUCAAGCUAUGCCUAGUUUGGCUGAGUUGUUCCUGGGCAUGAACUCGCUGCUGAGCAUACAGCCGGGCGCUUUCAAGGAUCUGCAGCGACUAACCACAUUGGAGUUGAAGGGCGCUAGUUUGCAGAAUAUAACACAUGAGAGCUUCAAUGGUUUGGGCGAGCUGCGCGUGCUGGAUUUGUCUGAUAAUCGUUUGGAGCGCAUUCCCACGCUGAGCUUGAGUCAGCUGACGCGUUUGGAGCAGCUGAAUUUGGGCCAAAACGACUUUGAUGUUAUAGCCGAGGGGGCGUUUGUGGGCCUGAAGCAGCUGAAGCGUUUGGAUAUUGCGGGCGCGCUGAAGCUGAAGCGCGUUAUGACUGGCGCCUUUGCUGCCAAUGCUAAUCUGGAGUAUUUGAAUUUGUCAGCCAAUAAAAUGCUGGUCGAAGUGCAGGAGGGCGCGCUCAGUGGUUUGCCGCAUUUGCGUCAUGUGCUGCUUAAGGCGAAUGCGCUGACCAGCUUGGCUGAAGGACUUUUCCCCUGGCAGGACUUGACUACGCUGGACUUGAGCGAGAAUCCGCUAAGCUGCGAUUGUCGCGUCAUGUGGCUGCGCAAUUUGUUGAUCAGUCGCAAUGUGAGCAGCCAGCAGGAGCAGCAACUAUCGGAGCUGCUUUGUGAGUUUCCAGAGCGACUGCGCGGCGAGGCGCUCAAGCAUUUGAAUCCCAGUUUGAUGGGCUGCACUCACACCGAUCCACGCAAGCAAGCGCUCAUUGGCGCGCUGCUUGUGGGCUUCGCUGCCACCAUCACCGCGCUCGCUUUGGUGCUGUAUCGCUGUCGCCAUAAGAUACGCGAGUAUCUCAAAGUGGGACGCUGGAGCAACUCGGCGCUGGGACGCAAAGAGCGCGAAUAUCAAAAGACUUUUUGCGAUGAGGAUUACAUGUCGCGGCUGCAGCAUCAUCCCUGCUCACUGGGCAUACACUCAACGUUUCCCAACACUUAUACGGCAACACAUCAGGGCGCCGCUGCUGUGGCGCCACAUCAACACUACGGCAUGUGCAGCAUGCCCAUCAAUGAUUUGAGCGUCGAUGCUGCUGCGCAGCACAAAUUUCAGCAGCUGCAGGUGCCCAUUGCCGCAACGUUGCUGCAUGAAAAGAAGUUAAACAACAACAAGUGUGUAGCAGGCAGCGUCGAUGACAGCGCCAGCUUUGUGUUGCAUAUGAAGCAUGCAACACUAGCGCGCGAGCAGCAGUUGCAACAGAAGCAGCAGCAGCAGCAGCCGCCCAGCAAACUAAAUCAUUAUACAAAGCCGCAGUUUCUGAAUGCUACCGCUGCUGUUGCCGACUCUUGCUACAGCUACGCGGAUGUGCCCAUGGUGCAUGCCACACAGCCGCAGCAGCAACUGCGCUUAACACACGAGCACUACAAGCCGCAGCCGCAGCGCAACUUUGAGCGCGAUGAUGCUAAUAGCGAAAUCUUGGAUGCCAAUUAUAUUUAUAGCAAUGCGCACUAUUCGCUGCCGCUGGAGCAGCUGGGACGCAGCAAGACGCCAACGCCGCCGCCACUGCCGCCAGCGCUGCCGCUGCGCAACGGACUCUGCGCCACAACUGGACGCCGCUCGUUCCAGCAGAAGCAGUGCAACUCAGCGCUGCAGCACAAUACGCUAAGGCAGUUCCAGCACUGAUCCUUGGAGCACUAUCGACGCCGGCAGCUAAGCAUUAAUGCUUAGAAGGCUGCCCACACUGUGAUGUCCAAACCCCCCCCCCACAACUACUAUAUAUAACUGUAUAUAAGCACGAUCUCUAGCACUUUUCACUUUGCACUCAACUUGCCUUGCGCUAUUGAUUUUCGUCUAUUUAUUUAACUUUUAAGCUACUUAAUUGUAACAAAGCACUGAGAGUCACUUUUAAGCAUUACUUAAAUUAUUAAAAGCAAACGCGAUACACUUAACUAAUACGUAAGCUAAGCUAAAAUUAAUUCAAAACCAACUUGUAUUUAUAUUAGUUAGUCCAAAUGUGUAACAAGCAAAU